AUGUCCUUAUUACAAGAAUAUAACAAGUUAAUACACGAUAUUGAAACUAAAAUCUUGAAAACAACGAUAAGACAAGAUACUAAAGAAUUUCAAGAUGAGUUGUCUUCCAUAUUCAAUAGUUUAUUAACAUUAAAACAAAAAAUAUUCAACAAUUUAGCCUUAUUCAGUGAAAAUGAACAGCUAGAAGACGUACCAACAGCAAAUUUAAAGUAUUUAACCACAGACUAUUACUUGGCACUAUUGCUUUCCAAAAAACAGGCAGUCGUACCCAACCUAAAGACCACUGAUACUGCCACUUCUCUUUCUAACAGUGAUAGUUUCUAUAUUAGCAACAGAAAUAAAAUUAAACUGGGGUUUUUAACCAAAAGUGUUCAAUUAUAUAUGCAGUUUCUAGUCACAUUAAGCGAUUAUGAAAUAUUGGAUGAUAAAUUGAUAAGAAAAAUCAACAGUUUUAAUAAAACCUAUUCUCCAACACUGGAGGAAUUAUCUGGAGUGUUAUCUUCCUCCAAACAGCUGUCUCCCGAAAAGAAAAGAAAUUGGAAAAUCGAAAUUUUUAAAAGUGAAAAGGAAGUAGCUGAAAAAGUUAAGCUUUUAGAAGAAAAGUUCAAGUUAACAAGCAAAGAAAAUGACGUUGAUGAUGAAUUAUUAAGAGAAGUGUAUGUUAAUCAGUUAAAACAGUUGUCAUACAAAGCAUACAGUGCUAUUGAGGGUAAUUUGUAUGAGUCUGAAUUUUUAAAGAAUUUUUCCACUACAGAUGCAAUUACUGAAGCCAACCAGAAAUCACACGACCAAGAACGAUCAACAAAAGAUAAAACUGGUUAUACUGAAAGGUUAGAAACACUAAAUAAACCGUUGUUGUCUAAAAAUGGUAAAGUGUUGAGAAAUUUUACUCUAUUAGACAAAAAGGAUCAAUUGAAAAGCCAAGUCUUUGGACAUGGUCAAUAUGGACCAACAAUGACUGUUGAAGAGUUUCUAGAUAAUGAGUUUGCUAGUGGUAGGGUUUUACAAGGUGGCGAAGAAAAAUUAGAUUACUAUGAAGAUGAACAAAAUGAAGAUAAUGAAAACUGGGCUGAUAGACAGACUUACAAAGCCCGUGAAUGGGAUAAUUUUACAGAGUCCCAUGCAAAGGGCAGUGGUAAUACAAUGAAUAGGGGAUGA